AUUUAUUACAUGUACCCAGAAUAUUGUGUUGCUCAAAGACAAUAACCUUAUCCCUUACACAAAAUUACACAAUCUUAUAAUCCUGUCAUAUAAAAUGAGCCAAGACCCAGAUAACCUAAUGAAAAUCCUAAAGAUUAUAUGAUCACUGCUUAUACUUCCAUCAAUCAUGUUAUUGACAUCUCACCUACAUCAUCCAUCUAUAGAUUGGAUCCUUUUGCUAAGUACUUAUGUUGUUGGACUAAUACUGUUGGCCCUGAAGAAGUUAAUGCUAUCUAAGAAAGAACUAAAUGGAAACACCCAAAUCUAGUCUCUUUUAUCUUCUUUGAAGAACUAAGUGAUAAAUUUAGCCAAAACAGAUAACUCAAAAUCUUCUAUGAAUAUCUCCCCUUAGAUAUUAAAUAGUUGAUCGAUAAAAGAUCAAAAACACAAGAAUAUGUCCCAGAAGAAGAAAUAUGGAAAAUGAUUUCAGGACUAUGCGAAGCUUUUGUUUUUCUUCAAAAAAGAGGAAUCACCCACUCUGCCUUGACCUUAGAAUCAGUCUACUUUGAUGAAGAAUAUCUACUCUAUCGAAUUCAAGAUGUUAGCCCAUUCAGAGCUAGAGCACCAAAUUUAUUUGAAAAUUAAUAUAAAUCACCAGAAUCAGGAGGAAAUCUAAGAGUCAAUCGAUUUAAAUAAGAUGUUUUUGGAUUAGGGUAUAUAUUUAUUUAUUUACAUCUCCUAGUAUGAUUAUAUUAUCUCUUUGCCUUCUCAAAAACUCUGAUCACAUCUUUGAGUCUGGAACAAUGAAUAUCAUUAAUCUUAAUGAUUCUUUCGAAUAGUUGAAAUAACUUUAUCCUGGGAGAGUUGAUUCUAUACUUAAAAAAAUGCUCAUCAUUGAUUUCAAUUAAAGACCUGAUUGGCUAGAAUUGCAAUAGUUUUUAAUUAAUGCCAAAGAUAUGCAAUUUCCUAAUUUCGAUCUUAGUUUGGCUAAUAAGUCAUCUAUUUUAAAUUCAUCAUUUUAGUUACAUCAGUAAUAAUAACAAUAAGUUUAAAAAACUUUUGAUUAAUUGACAUUAAGUUAAGAAAAUAGAGAGAUUAUAAAUACUAAUAAAUUAACCAGCUCUAUCAAUAAUAAUAAUGCUACUGUUAAUAAAACUCCUAAUACUGAUUCUGUCGACUAGAAACUCAUUAAUUUAAAUAAAAGAAUCCAAGAAACUUUAUCAAAAAGUUUAAAUAAAAAUAUUAGAUGA